AUGAGCUCGUUUGGCGCGAAACGAAAGGCGAGGGUCAUCAAGGUCGAUUAUGAUGACGACGAGAGCAGCGGAGACGCGCCGCCCGUGGCCGAAGGCGGCAGCGCCAAAAAUGAUGUCGUGAAGCCAGCGUUUGGAUCUAAAGUAGGCCGGAAACCGUUUCGUCAAUCUGGGCUACGGAAUACGUUCAAUCCACGAGAUGAAGAUGCAUCGGGCGACAGAGACGAGACCUCACAGGGCAACGACGAAGACGACGAUGGUCCAGUGGUCGUACGGCCGAAUGCCAAUCGAGCAGGUUUAUCAAAGUCGAAGAAGAAGAUUCCAAAAGCAAAAAUUUCAUUCGGAGACGACGCAGGCGAACAGGAUGACGAGCCAAGCAGCGAUGUCAAUUCGCCAAGAAAAUCUGCAAUGGGACAGAAAGUCCUUGAAAAGAAUACCAUAAAACGAGGCAUGGCUGCCCGAGGGCUACCGUUACCGGUUCGAUCAUACCAAGAUGACGAUGACCGGCCAAGAUACAGCAAAGAAUAUCUUGACGAGCUUCAAUCAUCAACACCAAACACCCCGAGCGACCUCUCAUCUCUCAAGGCGACUCUCGAUGACGAAAUGGAUCUAGACCCAUCCGAACUUGAAGGAGCUUUGAUAGUAGAAUCACCCAUACCAUCUUCCACUAGCCAACCUCAGACCACUCAGAUCCUCACCGAAGCGGAGAUUCGCGAAAGGAAGGAGCGCAGAGCUCGAUUAGCAAAAGAAAAAGACUACAUUUCUAUGGAAGAUGAAGAUGACAGCCUGUCAGCUCGAAAGAAGAAGGACGAUAGCCGAUUAGUUGCCGAAGACGAGGAUUUGGGAGAAGGCUUCGAUGAUUAUGUUGAAGACGGUGGAUUGUCAUUAGGCAAACGCGCGGAGAAGGAGAGGCGAAAACAAGACCGUCAAAAAAUGGCUGAGCUCAUCAAUGCAGCCGAAGGGCACACCUCGGACUCUUCAUCAGACAGCGAUGCCGAGCGACGAAUCGCCUAUGAAACAGCGCAGACGCGCGCAGGAUUGGAUGGUCUAAAGAAACCUCGGAAGGAUCCUACCGAGCAGCUGUUGCAAGUUCCUCCAAAGAUAACGCCGUUACCAAGUCUUGCCGAAUGUUUAGUGCAACUACAGGCCACUCUGAAAUCGAUGGAGAAUAACAUUAAUACCAAGGCGGCCACAGUGGGGCAGCUCACGCGUGAGCGAGAUGACAUUAUCAAGAGGGAAGCUGAAGUACAGGCAUUUUUGAACGAGACAGGCAAGCAGUACGAAGAGGCGCUGGGACGAAAACCAAACUCUGGUGGCGGAAUUGCCGGCACUGAAUUGGCAGGCGAGAGAGGGUUGGAGAGCUUGGGAGCGACGCCAGUGAAUGAAGUAAAUAUGGAGGAUAGGGAAUGA